AUGGCUUCAAACGAGUGCCUCGAUCAACCCCUGGAUCAGCAGACGGUGUCUGCACCUUCUCCGAACAGCGACGACGGCUCUACGAAGGAGCUUCUACACCCUGCCCCUUGCCACGGUUCUGCUCGCGAGGUCGAGAUGAAGGACGAUGAGCAGCCCAUGAUGGAGGAAGAUCUGCCUGGAGCGCUCCGGGCCGAAAUGGGCGAAGUUCACGAGGGGACCUCAAGUCAGGUUGAGAUGCAAGAAAAGAAGCGGAAAAGGGGAGCCUCAAUGGACUCGAAGGGCGCGCACGGACCGGAAUCCGAUGCUGAGAAGGCGCAGGCAACCACGGAUCCUUUGCACAAGUCCUUCGAAACUCUGUCCGUGUUGUUGCAAUACCUCUCUGUGACCGACAUCUUGGCCUGGCGUCAGACAUCCCUGGAGAACCGGAGUCCAAAGGUCUUGUUGCAGCACGUGGCCAACCUUUGCCCUUGCAGCCUGGACACGGCCGACAUGCUCGUCGCCUAUUCUGCAUUCGUGAACCGGCGUGUGACCACGAUCUCAGUCUGUGAAGCCAUCGAUGUCGAAGAACAAAAGUGCUUUCAAUGCCAGGAUUGGUGUCGCGUGCUGGCCCGCGCCAGGACUACCCAUUCCUUUGAUGCAGCGGACGUGCGUACGAUCAUCUGCCAGCACCUCCACAGCGCAUUCAGACUUUUUCUCGACCCAAGUGACGACGUGGCUGCUUCGGCCCACGAUUUGAUUGUAGAAUAUGGUCAAGGCGGCCUGCCCUUUGCGCACGAGCUGAUUGCAGAAGCUAUGCUCAGGCGGAUGCGACACAUCAUGUCGACCAAAGACAAUUUUGGGGUGGGCUGGCAACAGAUGUUGUACUGCAUGCAACACCUCGAGUCUGUCGUUCGAUCGCUGACCAAGCCUCAGCGGCAGGAAUGGGUAUCCUUGCUGGUCACAGGCCUGCAUCGUCUUGAGAGUCUCGUUCAAUCAUUCAAAAAGGCUCAUGCAGCUUCAGCUACGGAGUAUUUCAAAGAAAGCCAGAAGCUGGUGAUCGAGGACCUGGUGCUCCUCUGGUGUGUUGAUGACAAUCCCGGAGAGACUUAUGAAGAAGUGAAGCCGCAGUUGCGUGCCUGGCAGGGAUCCAGGACCUUCCAGGACGUGCGAAACAGCUUGUUGUUCCUCCUCAAAGCCUGA